UAGAGAUGGCGAGAAAAGGAUGGUCAAGGCAACGACUCACUCGUACCAUACCACGUACCGGUCAAUUCGCGUCGUUGACUAUAUAGCAGAUAUGCGGCGGAACCAUGCGAUUGUGAGUUAGUUGCGCACGCGCACUCUAGUCCUCCUUUGCCGGUUGCAAUUUUGACGUCGUCUAGCGUUUUUAACACCCUUCAUUCAACAUGUAUUGCGCUAAACUAUGCACACCAACUACACAGGCAUUGAUUGCCCGAAGCUCAAGAGCCCUUGUCCGGCCACUAAGUAGUGUUGGCAGCCAAGAAAACACAAAAAGUGCCCCAAGGCGUAGUUUGGCGACAUACAGUGGUCACGCUGGACUCAAUGCUGUUGCAACGCCAGCGAAGCAAACAAAUGUAGCAGCACUAGUUAACCAGGUCCUCAACCGUGGCAUUCAAACGACCGCUGUUCAGCAGGAUGUUGAAGCUGCUGCUAAGUUCAUCGGAGCUGGAGCAGCCACAGUUGGUAUGGCUGGCUCAGGAGCAGGUAUCGGAACAGUCUUCGGUAGUUUCAUCAUCGGCUAUGCUCGCAAUCCCUCCCUGAAGCAGCAGCUAUUUACCUACGCUAUUCUGGGGUUUGCGUUAUCCGAAGCCAUGGGGCUUUUCUGUCUUAUGGUAGCUUUCUUGAUUCUGUUCGCCCUGUAGCUUAAGAUUUAGACUCUUAAUUCAAAGAUGCUGUGUUUCUUUGUUUUUUUGAAAAUGAAUACGGUGCAUGUUAGCAGCACAUGAGAAGGGAAGAGUGUUUUUCUUGGACCUACUCAGGAGACCAGAAUAUAGGAUUGCAUUUUAAUCCCCGCAUUACUUGGUUUAUAUUAAGAGUUAUUGAUAUUUACAGAGAUGAGAAUGUGUGAACGUGAAACGGUUUUUCCUGUCAAAAUCCCAGGCUAGAUUGUAAGAGCAGUUUGCUUGUCCAUCGACUGAUUCCCUAGAUCAGAAGACCAAACUUAUGAUUCAAAAAACAAAUGAAAAUUAAUCAAACUGAAUUCUUGUAUAGGUCCUGUUUUUCCACAAUACCAAACAAUGUCAAUUAAAUAGUUAUAGGUUUGAAAGUUGAGUGGGAAUAUUUUAUUUUAAUUUACUGAUAAAUACAAUUUCUUCACGGUACAUUUAUGUGAAUAUUUUAUUUUAGUAAGCCAGUUUUCUAUUGGAUAUGCUCGUUCUUUUGUUUGGAAAAAUAAGUAUCCUUACUGAACAGUGGCAUAAGUCCUUUACAAUUCUAUCUGGAUUGGCAUCGGAGAAGUUGAUUAAGUUGUAGAACAUUUUGCAAGCUACUUUAGCCAAUCUGAUCUCAAUGGUGAGGUAUUUGGAUUGUAAACGAAAAUAUUAGAAACAAACUGUUUUGACAAUCCAUCUUUGAAAACAUUCUCAGAAUGCUCAUGUAUUCACUGGCAUUGUAGACUGCAGUAGUAGUUAAACAUUUGCAUUUUGUUUUUAACAAAAGAAUUCCAAUUUUAUCAAAACAACGAUCACGCGAUGUUUUUUGGUAAAUGUAACACUCCAUUUUAUCAAAUCUUCAUUUGAAUAGUUUCGGUAUUGCCACUGCAUAGUUUAUGGAUGACUGUGCCAGCAGGUGAGAGAGCUGGAGCUAGUUUUCAGUUUCAUGUUUCUGGUGAUAAUUAAACAAUUGUGUGAUUGAACUUCCCACGAAGCAGU